UUUCUAUCUCUCUCUCAUCAGCGGACAGACCCCGCCAUUUCCCCCAAUGGGAAUGCCCUCUCCACCGCCGGCUUUCCACCGUCGCAACCAGGGUUAGGGUUCCUCUCAGGCGGCGGCUCUCUUCUUCCUCCUCGUCUCGAUCUCUAGAACUGUAUCCUUUAGAUCCCCUCAUCCUUUUCGAUGACCUCCGUCUCGGAGGAUCAUAUUCGCUCGCGUGGGCAUACCGCCGUAGCGGAGGUGGAGGAAUGGGAGGGAAUCGACCACUUCGAUCUGCUGCCGGACUGCUUGCUCCUUGUCGUCUUCAACCUGAUCGGCGACGUCAAAGACCUGGGAAGGUGCCUCGUCGUAUGCCGUCGCUUUCACGCCCUUGCCCAACUCGUAGAGUCCGUAGUCGUGCGCAUCGACUGCGUUAUCUCCGACGACCUCUCCACUUCCAGCGCUACGAGUCCCGGCGGGGAUAGGGGCCGUGGUUUGAUUUCCCACCUAGCACGCAUCGUCCUUGGAGGCAUCGUGAAACCCUUACAAGCUCUCGGCCAUAUACUCGCCCCCUCUGCUUCCGUUGCCUCCGAUCGAAGGGCCACGCUCUCCCCUCUUCCUUCCUCCUCCUCCCCGAUAUUAUCGGAUGUUUCCCACCAUUCUCCCGCCGAGGUACUGAAGAACUUUAAGGAUAUUCGCUAUCUCCGGAUUGAGCUUCCAGCUGGGGAGCUUGGCCUCGAGGACGGUGUUCUCUUGAAGUGGAGGGCCGAGUUUGGGUCGACCCUUGACAGCUGUGUCAUCCUUGGUGCUGCCUCUGUUCUCUCCUCUGCGUCUUUCUCGCCAAUACCGUCGAACCCCAGCCUUGACUCUAGCUUCCAGGAUGCUUGUCUGAAUGAUGACAGUGGCAGCAUGCCGGAAUCAUUCUACAGCAACGGGAACUUGAAGCGUAGAUUGUUUUGGACAAUCAGUUCCAUGAUUGCUGCGUCAGCACGUCAUUACCUCCUCCACUCAAUCAUCUGCGACCAUGAGACUCUCGAGACAUUGGAGCUCACAGACGCCGAUGGACAAGGGUUGCUGACGAUGAGCCGGCAGCAGUUGCAGGAAUGCAGGGUGAAACCACUGUCUACAGCUGGAAGCUCACAACGAACACUGGUGCCAGCCCUCAGUAUGCGGCUAUGGUAUGCGCCUCACCUGGAGCUACAUGGUGGUGUAGUGCUCAAAGGGGCAACUUUGGUGGCUGUUCGGCCAAGCCAAGAGUGGGGAAGCGAGUUUGCUUGUUACAGAGAUUGUGAUGGUGCCAUAGGCUCGUCACACAUGUGCUGGAUUUCCAGUGCAUUCAAAGAGCCGUACAGAUCAGCAGUAGCAAUGCUCGUGAAGAGGAGGAGUUACAGUCUCGAGAUGAAUUCCUUCUGAGUUUGGAAGGAUGGUGCAAGCCACAAUCAUAGAAAGAUUUUGAAGAUCUAGAGGAGGCUAAAGCAUGUUUAAAGGAAGACACUCAUUAGCUAAAAAUUAAUCAAUAUGAUGUGAAGUUUUACUUACGCGGUCCAUCAAUGGUGACCAGCCCAUGCAGUUAUAUGAUAAUCUGCGAAUUCUGAGCUGUGCUGCUAUCUGUUGGAAACUGAAGAAAGCAUUCUCGUGCUUGCAAAUUCGGUAAGGGUGAUGUUUCUCCCACCCUUUUUAGCCAUUCUAAAGUGGAAUAUGGACUGUUGAUAGAUUAUGGUUCUCAUCCUGUACUGUAUAUUGUCGCCAUGAUCCACUUUAGUUUCAUUGCUACCAAAAUUGUAUCAAAUCUUGUGAAUUUGCCUUUUGUUGUUCAUGCCAAAAUCGCUUAGGCCAUGAUUUUCUUUAAUCUUGCUGUAUUUCUUAUGUUAUUUCUUUGUUGACGAACGUGUUUUUACUUGAUUUUUCUUCUCAAA